AUGCACACACCGGGGAGUUUUGGGAUUUUGGAAUUGUGUAUUAUAUCUGGACAUUUGCAUCUGCACGGACCCAUUCAUCUACACCUUUUUAAUUCGCGCACCUCGAUUGGACAGCCCUCGAGCUUCGAACGACGAGCCUUGAACCGAGUUCUCGAUGAAGCCAAAAUCUUUGCCUGCCAUUUUGGGCACAGCCACCAAAUGAAGCCCCAUGAUGAUAUGGCGGCCGAUCUUCAGAAGAUCGCACCUCCCAGGCAUCUUACAGAAGCUCAAAAUGACAUCGUCUUCCAGCACUUCUUCCGCCAUCUGGCAAACCAUCGUAAUACAGCUGUUCUGUAUAGCAUCCUGCAAAGCUCUCUAUUGUCUUCGACCAAGAAAGAGGAGGCAAAUAAUCAGAUGGCAUUCGAAGAAGAGAUGAAUAAGUGGGCGCAAGGACUACUGGAGAAGGCUUGGAUGAUCUGCCACACUCGAGACGACGGCGAAAAAUGUCCGGAGACAGAUCCGCUUUCUGACACCAGCACAGUCGACCUGGAUAAAAUGCCUGCCGUAGAAGACGUUGAGAAGAUCCUCAACACGAUUCUGUUCUUCGAUAUCACAACAUCUAAACAGUAUUCAGCCAGAACGCGAACGUUUCUCUCCAAUUUUGGGUCGUUGGAUGAGGCAACUGUCGUAGCAACGCUCAAGAAUCCAGAACACGCAAUAGAGGAAGCGCAGAGACAAGCGGAUGCUGCGAGGACAGAACGCGCCGAACGAGGGAAGACCCUGCGGAUGCUAGGUGUCGGUCUUGGCGCUGUUGCUGGUGGGGUUCUCGUCGGUGUCACUGGUGGCCUAGCUGCACCUCUGGUCGGCGCAGCGGUCACCACAAUAUUUGGGUGGCUUGGCGUCGGCGGAACUAUAGUAGGUUUGUUGGCGAACGGCCUGGCUGGAUCGUCGGUGGUGUGUGGCGCACUUUUCGGCGUCUACGGCGCGCAAUCGACAGCAAGUAUGGUGGAACGACAUACAAGAGAAGUGAGUGACUUGUCGCUCAUACCGGUCCGGAAGCAUAAACAAGGAUACGACACGCUCGGUGUGCGGCUCUGUAUCUCGGGGUGGUUAAAUGAGAAGGAGGAUGUUACGGCACCGUGGACAAUCUUUAACGGUGACGACACCUUUGCACUCCAAUGGGAAAUCAGAGCUCUGGAAGAGCUAUCAGAUGCUUUAUUGGCUUUGAUAAAGUCACAGGCGAUGAAGUAUGUCAAGGGUGAAAUUAUCAGGCGCACAAUCUUCGCUGGCCUCAUGAAUUCGUUGGCACCUUUGGCAUUACUAAAGAUUGGCCAAAUCAUCGAUAAUCCUUGGAUGAAUGCGAGGGCAUUAGCGAUCAAGACUGGUGCUGUAUUGGGAGAUUUGUUGGCGAACCGUAUGCUGGGAACUCGUCCGGUGACACUGGUUGGUUACUCACUGGGUUCUCUUGUCAUCUUCGAAGCCCUCAAGUAUCUCGCUUCUCUUCCGCCCGCGGGAACUGUGCACCUUAUUCAGGAUGUGUAUCUCUUUGGCACACCAACGGCGGCGGACCCCGAGGAGUGGGCGAAGAUACGGAGGCUGGUGGCGGGAAGAGUGGUGAACGGAUACUCCACCAAUGACUAUAUUCUGGCGGUUCUUUGCCGCGCAUCCGACGCGACCUGGCAAGUGGCAGGAUUGCAGAAGGUGGAUGUCAAGGGGGUGGAGAACGUGUGUUGUGAGGAGGUAGAUGGGCACACGAACUGGCGGUGGGUAAUCGGGAAGUACUUGGAGGAGAGCAAUGCCCCCGGCAUCGUGCAAGGCGAGGUGAAGGCCCAGACAGACGCGGGGAAACGCCUGGGCGAAGUGGACGCCACACAAGAAGCGAGCUCGGCAUCACCUGCCGCCUGA